CUAUAAAGAUACUAACUACAAAGCAUGACAGCCCGCAACAUGGUGAUACACGGCCAGGACGAACUGCAGUGAAUGUUGAACUGAUUGAUACUGGUUGUAUCAGGCGGGCAUGAGAGUAUCAGAAGUAGAGAAUUACCAGGCGUGAUAAAUAAUGUAUCAGAUUCUCCUUCCGGUCGCACGGUCUGCGUACGCGGAGCUUUGUUGCCUCCUGGGACCGUCUGAUACAGAAGUAUCAGAGACUUGUAACAUGGUACAAUGCUGUAUCAGUAUCAGGUUGGAACAGAUACCGAAAAUUGCUGUCACAACCCACCUCUAAUUUUUCCCUGGAGUAUCGAAAGUAUCGAACUGAAAAAAAAAUACAGAAUCGAGUAUCGAAAGUGUGGUAUCGUCUCACCUCUAUCCGAAACAUCGAUAGUUUUCCCGCUUCACUCUUUGAAUUUUGAAAAAUGGACCAAAUGGGUAUGAGAAAAAUUAGUACUGAAGAAAAGGAUCUAUUGUGCAAGCUAGUACAUAAUAAUAAAUGCCUUGAAAACAAGCGAAUCUAUGUCACAUCAGUGACAGCAAAAAAGAAAGCCUGGGAGCAAGUUGCGACGGAAUUCAAUGCGCAAGAUUUUGUGCAAAAGUGAUGCUGUUGCGGUGGAAGAGGCAGCUGCUGUCCCAGAGGAGACUGCUGUGGAAGCUGUGCCUCAUGAUCCAGCUCCUGCUACUUCAACUGCACCAGUCCCUCAGACUUCUGCCCAAGAAGACCCAGCUUCCGACAGUUCUUGUGAGGAUGCUGCUCUUUCUCUUCAGCCUCGAUGCUCUACUACAGCUGCUAAUUCACACAAAACCUUUAUUUUGUAUUGGGGUGUAUAAUUUUCAAGAAUCAAUUGCAUGCCAAAUAACGUAGGUAUAUUAUUAUUAAGUAAUAUAUUACAUGCAAAGCAGACAAUUGUAUUGUUGCUUUAAUGAUUUCAUGUUUGUAUUAACUAUGGUAAUUAAAACCCAACAACUUAUUCAUAGCAGAUGUAGUAUUUUUCAUAUACUAUUUUUCAUCACACACUCAUGAGUCAUCAAUUUACCUACCCAGUGGCAAUAAUGAUGUUUCACUUUACGUAAAGUUGGUGAAUGGAGCAUUGUUAAAUACAUGCAACAAUGUUAACACCAUUAAGAGAAAAUUGAGAAGAAUAAGUCAAUCUUCACUUGGGAAACAUAAUUAACUUUUCCUUUCAUUUGUACAUUUAUGUAUUUUGUUUUCGUUAAAUGUAUCUACUGAUAUUUUAGUGUUAUCAAAUUUCAAAGUGAAAUCUCGUUCCUAGUUAUUUCAGUGAUUAACCCCAAUUGUACAAAAUUCUCUGAUACCACACAUCAAAUCUGAGCAUAGUGUAUAACUAAAAUUUGUAGCCCUGGUGUUUACUUAAAUCACCACUUACAUUUACUUAAUAGGUUCAAAGUUAGACAGCAAAAUGUGCCAUUUUGAAUUUAAAGGUGAUCAAAAUGAACAAUGAAUUGGACAGUUUUGUUGUACAUAAAAGUUUUUCACUUGGACCACAGCACUUAUGAAAAUCAAAGGACUUUGAAGUGGCCCUUAAAAAGAGACAAAAGUAUUUACUAUUUAUGUACAUAUAUAUAUAUAUAUAUAUAUAUAUAUAUAUAUAUAAAAUUAUAAUAAAACAGGGUGUGCUGAAUCACAAAAUGUAUGAGCCAGAAUGAGUUACAAUAACAUUACAGGUUUACUCAAAGGGGUACGAAGCACAUGACGAGGUUUCUUCCAAAGUCAUGUCAAGAAACACACAUUAAUCCCACAUCCCGUAAUUCAAAAUCCAAAAACAUCAACUCACAGAAAUUGAACAUUUUCAGAUGCAUACUGAAAGUAAUAAACAUAAAGUAGCGGUAUGUGAAAUAUGUAUGUAAUGUACAUGUAUGUUUACAUGAAAUGUUUUAGCUGAUGGAAAUUACAUACGGCAUGCAAUAUAAAUUAAUGUGUGUGGCAGAGCGUUUAAAUAAAAGUAACAAUUUAAAUAAAUAAUAACAUGCAAAGGUGACCAUAAAGUAUUUUGUAUUGUGUAACCAUAUUAUAAAUACAUGAAAUACAUAUAUAGUAGCAGUCAAUAUAAGAUCUCAAACAGAUAUGGCUAAAGGUCUUCAGAGAAACAUCAGACAGAAAUGUACAAGAAUUAUGAACUACUUUUAACACUGUGUACUAUGUUGUGAUUUGAGUUAAUAGUAGGGAUGGGUUGAGUACACAUUUUUAUCGAUUCCGAUACCGGUACAGAUUCCUAAAUUUCGAUUCUCGAUUCCAAGUCAUUCCAGUUUUCGAUUCCUGGUAAUUCCGGUCACAUAAUUAAAACUACUUAAAAAUUGAAUGCAUUACUUAAUGAUAAUAAUUUGCAUAAAAGAUAAUUAUAAACUUAGGAUUAAAUGUUCAGGUUUUUUUUUCAACUAUGUACCAGUGAAGAAGCAUCUUCACAUAAAGUUUGUUUGCUAGUACUAGGCUGUGCACAAAGAAGUUCAACAUUUAGACAGGGUUGUUUAACAGGUUUUAACACCGAUAACAUAACAUCUUUGUUCAAAAUGGGUUUAAAGGUAGCACUACAUAUUUCCUCACAUUUACAUUUCCUUAAAAUCAUACUUUCAGAACAUACUAUUACACUUUAUGUACCUACACAAAUAUUAGUGUAAAUGGUGAGAUGAGUUGGUUACAUUGGCCAUGUCAACAAAUCAUGAAUACAAGUGAACAGUUUGUUAGCUAUGUUAACAAUGCUAUACAUUAGAAAGUGUUGUAUAUGUGUAAGUGAAAGACGUGACGUCAGGGAUGUUAGAGGUGUGAGGUUGGCAGUCAGUGUGUGUAAUGAUGGCGGCGGGUGAUGUACAUGAGGUGCUUGUACAAUGUAUGUAUCGAGAGACAAGUGUAAAAUAAAAAGAGAGAACAAAACAAAACAUGGCGCAGUCGGUCAUUCGUUUCGCCCGUACAAUCUUUACGUGCCGGGGUAGUUUGAAGGUGUAAUCGCAUUUGUGGCAAUAUCAUCGUCUCCUGAACGUGGACAACAAAGGCUAACAUGGCGGACGCAAACAAGCCUAGCGGGUUGGACCUAAUGGGAAAUGUCAGUGAAAAUUGGCGAAAGUUUAAACAAAACUUCGAAAUAUUCAUGGUGGCGUCAGGAAAGUCAGAACAAUCAUCGCCAGUUAAAGCAGCUGUUCUUCUGAAUUUGGUGGGAGAAGAUGCUGUUGAAGUGUUCAAUACAUUUCAACUUGCAGAUGAAGAUCGCACAGAUUACAAGAAGGUAUUUGAAGCAUUUGAGGCUUAUUGUAAACCCAGAAAAAACGUGCCAUAUGAAAGGUUCUUGUUGUAUUCGAGAAAACAAAAAGAAAAUGAACCAUUUAAGUUGUUUGUAAAUGACUUGAAAAAGCUUGUGAGAAGUUGUGAAUUCGGUGAACAAUCAGACGCAAUCGUUAGGGACUGCAUAUUCAUGGGUGUGAGGGACACCAAAUUACAGCAAGAAAUGCUCCGCAUGAAUAACUUAACCCUUGAAAAAGCGUGUGAGCUAGGCAAAGUGGCUGAAUCAAGCAUACAACAAAUGCAGUGCUUACAAGGUGACAGAACAAAAGAAGGGAUCUAUGAACACAUGCAGCCCGUGUCGGUAAAUGUAGUAAGUUCAAAGCACAGAGGGGGAACCAGUCAGUGGGUGCAAGAGAAGGGUUUCAGUGGCAAGUGCAAGCAGUGCAAUCUCACCCACAUAAAAGGCAAAUGCCCAGCAUAUGGCAAACAAUGCCACAAUUGUGGGAAGCUCAAUCACUUUGCGAUAAUGUGCAGAAAAUCACGUGAAGUAAACAAGGUGAGAAUGAUAAAUAAAAAGGAAGCAGAGAGCUCAGAUGAAGAUUAUUUUGUAGUCAAUGGGAUAGUAAUAGCAAAACAGAGUGUUAAGCAGGUAGAAUGUGUAAGAAACCAAGAAAAAUCAACAAAGUGGUAUGAAAACAUAACAGUUGAGGAAAGGAAGAUAAAUUUUAAGCUUGACACUGGGUCAGAGGUUAACAUUCUACCAGAGACAAUGUUUAGGAAAGUGGAUAAUCAACUGAAGGUAAGGGACACCAACGAACUGUUGGAAUGCUAUGGUGGAUUUAAAGUAAGACCCAUUGGCAUUGUGAAGUUACGGUGUGAAUCAAAAGACGUAGUACAAUACAUGGAUUUUCGAAUUACCAAUGCGGACAGUACCCCAAUACUAGGCUUACAGGCAUGUGUAGACCUGAACCUGAUCAAAAGGGUGCAUCUAAUUGGACUAGAGGACACAACAGUGAAGGUUAUCAAACAAGACUCAUCACAACCAGAAUCACCUCAUAGCAAGUUCAUGCAAGAAAACCAGGAUGUCUUCACUGGACUAGGAAAAUUUCCAGGUCAGUGCAAAAUUAGAGUCUGUCAGGAUGCUCAGCCAAGAGUAGCACCACCUAGGAGACAACCGCAAACAAUAGCCCCUAAACUGAAAACAACUCUAGAAUCCCUAAGGAAGAGAGGAAUUAUUGAAAAAGUUGAGGAACCAAACUCGUGGGUACAUAACCUAGUUGUCGUUGAGAAGCCAAAUGGUACACUAAGAGUCUGCCUGGACCCACAACAUUUGAAUCCUGCCAUCAAAAGAGAUUUUUAUCAAAUACCAACGAUUGAACAGCUAACAGAGCAACUGUCGGGAAAACUAUAUUUUUCAGUCUUUGACCUGAAGGAUGGGUUCUGGCAAAUUGAGCUCGAUCAAGAAUCCAGUGACUUGUGUACCUUCUCUACACCGUGGGGCUGUUACAAAUUUCUCAUAUUACCGUUUGGUGUGUCCUGUGCACCAGAAAAGUUCCAAGAACUGAAUGAAAGUGUGUUUGGUGAUAUUGAGGGUGUUGUGGUGUACUUUGAUGACAUUCUUGUGACUGCGACAUCACUGGAGGAGCAUGAUAAGUGUGUAGCAAAAGUAAUACAGAGGGCAAGAGCUCACAACAUCAAGUUUAAUCCAGAAAAACUGCAAUACAGACUGUCAAAGGUUAGUUUCAUGGGACAUGUGUUAUCGAAUAAUGAAAUUCAACCUGAUCCAGGUAGAGUUAUGGCGAUACAACAAAUACCAGAUCCUCAAAAUAAGAAAGAGUUACAGAGACUGUUAGGGAUGGUUAACUACCUACGACCAUUUAUACCCAACAUGGCAACAAUCACAGCGCCUCUGAGGGAGCUACUAAAAACUGAUGUGUCCUGGCAGUGGCUGAAAUGUCACUUGCAGUGUGUAGCGAAUCUUAAAACAGCCGUAAGCUGCGCACCUGCAUUGGGGACAUUUGAUGCAACCAAGUCCAUUACCAUUCAAGGAGAUGCAUCACAGGAUGGCCUUGGCUGCUGUCUCCUCCAAAACGGACAGCCCAUAUCAUAUGCAUCUCCAAGUCUAACCGUGACAGAACAAAAGUGGGCACAAAUUGAGAAAGAGCUAUUAGCCAUAGUAUAUGCAACUAACAAGUUUCAUUACUACAUAUAUGGUCGGGUGGUUCAGGUCCUCACAGAUCAUAAACCUUUAGUAGCUAUUAUGAGCAAACCAGUAUCAAAGAUAAUGUCCAUGCGACUUCAACGACUCAAAUUAAAACUACUGAAGUACAACCUGGAUGUUCAGUACCUCCCUGGGAAAAUGAUGCACAUUGCUGAUCUACUAUCCAGGGCCCAUGGGACAGAUGCAGCUGAAGGUGAUCCGGAACUGGGUGAAAUAGUGCAUAGUGUGAGUAGGCAUCUUCCCAUGACUGAAGUGCGGAAGGAAGAAUUUCGACAAGGACUGGCCGCGGACCCAGUGCUGAGUGAGGUGAUGAAAUGGGUGACGACCGGGUGGCCUCACAAAAAGGGUAAGGUACCAGUGCAGUGCUACCCAUUCUGGGGUGUAAAGAGUGAUCUUUUUGUAGAAGAUGAUCUACUGUUUCUAAGUGAUAGAAUUGUAGUACCUAAAAAACUGAGGCAGAACAUGUUGAAAGUUAUUCAUGAGGGACACCUUGGAGUGGGCAAAACUAAAGCUAGAGCAAGGAGGGUGUUCUUUUGGCCAGGCAUGUCAAAGGAGGUAGAGCAAUAUGUAUUAGAGUGCAGGGUGUGUGAGAAAUUCAGAACCACAAACCGGAAUGAACCCCUACUCCCUCAUGCAGUUCCAACACUUCCCUUUGAGAAAGUGGGAGCAGAUAUACUAGAAUUUGGAGGGAAAAGUUAUUUAGUGAUUUACGAUUACUUUUCAAAAUGGCUGGAAAUAGUUAAGUUGGAAAGUAAACAAAGCAUCAGUGUAAUAAAGGCAUUGAAGGCCAUCUUCUGCACUCAUGGCAUUCCAAAGAUAGUGAUGGCUGACAAUAUGCCGUUUAACUCAUACAAAUGUACACGCUUUGCACAUGAACAUGAGUUUGAGAUACACACAUCCAGCCCACUACAUUCACAGUCAAAUGGAAUGGCCGAAAAAGGUGUAGGAAUCGCCAAGAACAUAUUGAAGAAAAGCUGUGAGGAGGGUAAGGAAUAUUGGAUGGCACUGAUGGCAUAUCGUAACUCACCACUGGCGGGUAUGGAUGUGUCACCAUCAGAACUGUUGAUGAGUAGGUUAGUCAGAACACAGAUACCGACAACUGUGAAUAAUCUCCUCCCGAAGAUUCAGUCUAAUACAAAACCACAGUUGAUUGUGAAGCAGAGGAAAGUUAAAAUGUAUUAUGACCAGAGAGCUUCAAGGAAGCCUUUAGAAUAUAUGAAAGGGAAAACAGUAGUCAUGCAGAGGGGUGUAGUGUGGGAGCCAGCCACAAUUCUGGAGAAACACAGUGCACCACGCUCAUACAUAGUUAGGACCCACUCAGGUCCAGUGGUUCGGAGAAACACUAAAUAUCUAAGACCCUCCAACUCUGAAGUACCCAAAACAGCAGCAUGGGGGAGCUAUAACAUUGUUGAUGAAACUAGAGGAGAGGGAAAGGAGCAGGAAAUCAACUUAGAGUUUGGUGAAGAGAGUGAAGACAGUAGGAGAUGUAAAUCACCUGACUUCAAAGGGUUUGACCAAGAGACAGGCCAAUGCAGUAGAGGGGUGAGGAGUGAUACAGCCAGUCAACCUCAGGAAAGGCUGGAGGCUGGGAUUCAGUAUACAUUACAAGAACAGGCCGAACUGUUAGGAAACCCAAUAAGUUUCAGUAAUAUCAGCUUGGGGAAGAAAGGAAGGUGUUGUAUAUGUGUAAGUGAAAGACGUGACGUCAGGGAUGUUAGAGGUGUGAGGUUGGCAGUCAGUGUGUGUAAUGAUGGCGGUGGGUGAUGUACAUGAGGUGCUUGUACAAUGUAUGUAUCGAGAGACAAGUGUAAAAUAAAAAGAGAAAACAAAACAGAGAGAAUGGAUAGUAUGAGGUUUAAGUUCUGUAUCACAUAUCCAAGUUUUUCCUUUGAUCCUGAUGGCAGGAUCCUGUAUACAUUGAUCCUUAGAUAAAUGAAGUUUGCUGUUUUCAAUUACUAUGUCACUAGGUAAUGGACAAAAAAACACUUGUCAUGUAACAAUUAAUUAUGAUCUAUUUUGUGUGUGAGUGUGAGUGUGUGUGUGUGUGUGUGUGUCUCAACACACACAAAAAAGGCAUUUCCACAAGACCAGAGACAUAAUUUGUUUGUAUAGCAAAAUUCUAGGUUUAAUGUCAAGGAUCUUUUGACAUAGUAAUUUAAAACAGUAUUAUGUACCAAAUGAUGAAUUCAGAGCCAAGGAAUGAACUUGGUAAGGUGAUAUGGAAUAUGUAAUUACCAUGUAGGUGACCUAACCAAUAACACUAUUUCCAGGUUAUUUACAUGUACCUAACCUUGCAAAACAGACCUUUUUCUUAUUAUCAUACACACAUCCUUACAACUUGUAAAAGCUAUAAAAUACUCAAAGCUACGUAAGGUAUCAAUUUAAUUCGAUAAUACAUAAAUGUCAGGAAAUUGACACAAUAAUUUGAAGAUUUUAAUUUUACAUAAUAAAGGGUGGCUUUUAGAAUUACCAGAUUCAAGAAAAUGCUCUUGACAAAUUGAAAUACAUUACAAUCAAGCUACCUACAUGAAAGAACUAUGUGCUAACAUGAAUAUUGUAUUAAAUAUUGAAAUAAAUACAAACUAGACAAAUUAUUACAAUUUAUCUCACAGUUCACAUUUCAUAUUAAGGUCUGUCACGAAACAUGUUUCAACAUGACUUAACAAUGUUUACCUACGUACCUGUAUACUUCUCCCCGAGCACCGCUGGGGCUUUUGAUUUUAAUGUGGGUGCAGACACUCCUGUAUCACCGGGAAAGUGUUAUCGUAGCUUGUUCAAUCGAAAUUAAUUGCCAGUGGUCAACCGUAUCAGAUGUCGAGUAUGUUGCGCUAAACCGAUAGAGAUACGUCUGAUAAUUCGGGAAACUGUGGACUCGCUAACGCCUGUUAAAUCGCCUGCCACCAUCUGUAAAUAGUAUUUCACAUUGCACCGAUAUGUGCCUAUACAAACCACAAAUUAAACACCACAUACUGAAGUGCACUUAGGCUAACCUAGGCAAAGAGUGAGUGAUGGUAUUAUUGUAAACAAAAGGUAUUGGUUAGUAACUAUGAUUUCUGACUGCUUACCUGGAAACUGCCUGUUGCGUAAAAUCGCAAGGCAAUUAGCAGCUGCAGGACAGGCGGUAGCGGUAAUCCUCGACGACUCCGUGGUUCUUCAAAAACUAGCAAAGGCAGAAUGUGAUGCCGAACAACAUACUUGGUAAAACGAUAUCGUCGUUUGAACUGCACGUCACUAAACCACUCCAGUGGAUUUUUAAAAUCCCUCAAAUACCGACGUGGGUCCGUGGCAACGUUUCUUUCUUCAUUUUCUAGAAAUACUUCAUCAAUUAAAUCAAGAAAUUCCACAACAAUUGGUUCUAACAACGCAGCCAUCUUGAAUUUUUUUCCAGAUUUCACUCAGAGUGCCCUCGGAGUGUAGCUGCGCGUACACUCCAAUAUUCCUUCGUUUUUACUCGGUUUCAUUCGGAUAUUACUUAGUUUUUACUCCGUUCUCGACUGUGUAAUGAAAAUUCCUCGGCUCAAACUCCACUCGCACUCGGAGAAUUCUCGGAACGACUCUGCAAGCCGCCCUAGGAGUCACAUUUCAAGGCCAAAUAUAAUCCAAUAUGGCGGUCGUGACAUCAAACACAAAUAUGGUGGCUGUUCAUUGACCCUUCAACACAGCCUGAAUGUAGCCUGUGCCAAAGGCACCUAUUUCAUACUUCUCAGACAUCAUUAUUGCUAACUCGGGUGAUAAUUUAGCAUAUUUACUGCAGAGUUGUGUGAAAAUUUGCAUUUUUUGGAUGUGGAAAUGUAUUUGUUAUCCUACUUGAUCUUAUACUGUUUUGAGUUUAUGAUGUAAGUUUUGUGUUAGUAUGCUGCUUGUGUUUGAAUUUGAUUGCUACUUCAUCUAUAUUUCAGUCGUUUUGCUAUGUGAAUGAAAUACAGGAUUGUUUACAGGGAGUGUGGUCAUAGGAAUAAUUCUGAGGUUUCAAGGGGUGGCAGUUGUUCAACUCUUGAGUUGUGUGUAAAUAUCUACUUUACAUAUGGUUUGGCUUGUAAUUAAAGUAAUUAACAAUAAAUAUUUUAGGGUGAAUAGAGAAUGUUAGCAAUUAUUUUGUGAUUUGUGAGAAUAGUUUGAAAAAGCUUAGAAAACAAAC